CGUUGCUUCCUCCAAUCAUCCUAUUUUGCACACACCCCCCUGCAGGGAUUAUAUUUCUUUCGUUUUCAUUUCCCGGAAGGGUUGAUUGUGAAAAUAGUGGCGUUUAAAAAAAUCUUCGAGUGUGUUCGUUUAAAAGUGAGUUUUGUUUGAGACGUGACCCGAAGUUUGUUUUCAUUCUGCUCAUGAGGAAGUCCCUCUAUUUUCUGUGCAGUCGAGCAGAUUAAAGGACGUCUCCAUGGAGAGCGUUUCCCCGUCACCUUUGAUCAAGCAAGAAAACAGUCCUCCAUCGAUUGUACGUGAAAAGCAAGUCAACAUUUAUCCCACUGUGCAUCACUCCCCACCUACCCAAGAUCCUUUGGUUAGUCCUCCCACUCAAGAAGACUUGUGGCAUCUGCCUGGAAGGCUGAGAAUUAACCCGUCCCUGUGGGAUAAAGAUGAUGUUUCCCUGUGGCUCCACUGGGCUCAAAAGGAGUACUCGCUGCGCCGGCCGGAGAAGGGCCGAUUUGAGAUGAACGGCAGAGCCUUGUGUCUCCUCACUAAGGAGGACUUCAGACGCCGCUGCCCCAGCUCAGGUGAUGUUCUGUAUGAGAUCCUUCAGUGUGUGAAGCAGCAGAGGAGGAGUGUGGUAUGUGACCCGCCUAACACAACUCCUCCCGUGGCAGCUGGACACCUUCAGGGUCCAGUCAGCUGCCAGGUAAUCGCUCACACAGUCCAAGAGCCACAGUCUCCCAAAGUCAGUGGCACCCUGGUGUUGGCUGCUGUCGGGGCCACUGUAAGCAGCCAGCCAAAAUCAGUGUCAGCCCUUACAGAUCGCCCCAUCUGCUACACCUUGUCUGCACCACUCACACAAAAGAACGGAUCAGCGGGUACCUCAACAUUGCACCACAAUCAGGAUGAGUGUAAUCCCCAAACGAAGAACAUCACCCCGGAGCCUCUGAACCUCUCCAGUCGACAUAAGCCAAGGAGUCCGCUGCACAAGGCAAACGGUCGCAUCCCAGAGUGCAGGCUGCUGUGGGACUAUGUGUAUCAGUUGCUUUGUGAUGACCGUUACCAAGAAUACAUUCGAUGGGAAGAUCCGGACAGCUUGGUUUUCAGGGUGGUGGACCCCAAUGGAUUGGCACGGCUCUGGGGAAACCACAAGAACCGAGAAAAUAUGACGUAUGAGAAAAUGUCUCGGGCUUUACGGCAUUACUACAAACUGAACAUUAUCAAAAAAGAAAGAGGACAAAAACUCCUUUUCAGGUUUCUGAAACUCCCUCAAGAUAUCAAGAAACAGCAGGUCGAGGCUUCCGGCGCCCUGGAGCACACUCCACCUCACGAUGGCGACUUCCCGGACUCCAGUCCUACACAAGAGUUCUCUGAAGACCAUUUUGAGGUUUCCCCUGAUCGGACGUCUCCACAGCCUCCCCCGACUGGUGCACCAGUGAGAUAGAAUAAAAGCGUGGAUCAUGUGUAGCAGCACGGCUCUUACCGAAUAAAAUAGGAGGUUGUAAUAUAUUUAUCUCGUGGUUUGAGCUUUCAGGGGAGGAAAAAAUGCAUGUACAGUCUGAAAAAACACAGUUGUGUUGUUUACUGUGAGAUUAUUAUUUUUUUUUCUCUGAAUCAAUGUGUGUAUAACUGUGAUCUGGGUAAACACUAAUAUUAAGAGUGAGGAAAACUGUGAAAUUAAUCACAGAAUUAUCCAGCCAGCAAAACUUAAAAUUAUCUGCUUCGUUCAAUAUAAUCACAUAACAGGGUUAUUUUCAUAAACUUUACAGGUCUUGCAGCUAUGGGUUGGAAAUGACUACAGUCCAAUACGAGUUUAAUAACAUAAGAGAGGAUAAAUAACUGUUUUUGUUUUGAAUGCUGGUUAAUAUUCAAGAUUGUUUCCACCACUAGAAAAAAAUUGCCAUCAAUAAGUCAAAAUGUCAGGUUAUUAUCUCCCAUUUUUGGUAGGGUAUCUGAAAGUUUCAGCUUACGUAGUAAUACCUUGAAAUCUUCAGCGUAGCUCAGAUUGGGAUUUUUACAAAUUGUUAUUUUUUUCAGUGGUGGAAAGCAGCUUUUUCUAUCCGUAGGUUAAGUAUUUGGUGUUUCAUUGUGUGUGUGU